CUGCCGGUGUGCGCUGUGGGCUUCCUUUUUUCCGCCGCUGAGGGGACCGCGGCUACUUCCCGGGUGGGUCGCGAGCCCCGCCGAACCUUCCUCCGUGCCGCCGCGCCGUGCCGUCUGCUCGCCGACCAGGUGUGUGCGUGCGUGGCUCCAACCUGCCGCCGCAGCCGGGGCUGCUCGUCUCCCGCUCGGCCCUCGUUUCCUCUGGAUGAACUUACGCCCUUGCUCUUCUCUGCCAUGGAAUUCCGCUCCGUGCUUCUAGGCCUCCAGAGCCAAAGAACCCACAGACAACAGAUGCUCCUACGCAGCGUAUAGCAGUAACUCCCUAGCUCGGUUUCUGUGCCGUCUUUUACAGUAUUUAAUUUUAUAUAAUAUAUAUUAUUUAUUAUAGUGUUUUGAUACCUCAUCAUCUGUUUACACAUCUUGAAAGCUGCACAGUAAUUCUCGUAUUAAUUAAAAAACCACUACUCUUGAGAAUGGCGUCUACCGUGCCCCCGCUGAGUACUGUCGCUGCUACCACCGCCGCUUCUGGUCCGUUGGUGGACUACUUAUGGAUGCUUAUCCUGGGCUUCAUUAUUGCGUUUAUCUUGGCUUUCUCCGUGGGAGCCAAUGAUGUAGCGAAUUCGUUUGGUACAGCUGUGGGCUCAGGUGUAGUGACCCUGAAGCAAGCCUGCAUCCUAGCUAGCAUCUUUGAAACCGUGGGCUCUGUCUUACUGGGGGCCAAAGUGAGUGAAACAAUCCGGAAGGGCUUGAUUGAUGUGGAGAUGUACAACUCGACCCAGCAGCUGCUGAUGGCCGGCUCAGUCAGUGCUAUGUUUGGUUCUGCUGUGUGGCAGCUAGUGGCUUCAUUUUUGAAGCUGCCCAUUUCUGGGACCCAUUGUAUUGUUGGUGCGACCAUUGGUUUCUCCCUCGUAGCAAAGGGGCAGGAGGGCGUCAAGUGGUCUGAACUGAUAAAAAUCGUGAUGUCUUGGUUUGUUUCUCCGCUGCUUUCUGGUGUUAUGUCUGGAAUCUUAUUCUUCCUUGUUCGUGCAUUCAUUCUCCGUAAGGCAGAUCCAGUUCCUAAUGGUUUGAGAGCUUUGCCAGUUUUCUAUGCCUGCACAGUUGGAAUAAAUCUCUUUUCCAUCAUGUAUACUGGAGCACCUUUGCUGGGCUUUGACAGACUUCCUCUGUGGGGUACCAUCCUCAUCUCGGUGGGAUGCGCAGUUUUCUGUGCCCUUAUCGUCUGGUUCUUUGUAUGUCCCAGGAUGAAGAGAAAAAUUGAACGAGAAAUAAAGUCCAGUCCUUCUGAAAGCCCCUUGAUGGAAAAAAAGAACAGCUUGAAAGAAGACCGUGAAGAAACAAAGUUAUCUCUUGGUGAUGUUGAAAGUAGGAAUCCUGUUGUCCCUGACGUGGGGUGUGCCGCUGCGCCCCUCCGGGCUGUGGUGGAGGAGAGGACGGUCUCGUUCAAGCUUGGAGACUUGGAGGAAGCUCCAGAGCAAGAGAAGCUUCCCAGCAUGGACCUGAAAGAGGAAACCAGCAUAGACAGCGCCAUGAAUGGUGCAGUGCAGUUGCCUAAUGGGAACCUUGUUCAGUUCAAUCAAGCGGUCAGCAACCAGAUAAACUCCAGUGGACACUACCAGUAUCACACCGUGCAUAAAGAUUCUGGCUUGUACAAAGAGCUCCUCCAUAAAUUACAUCUUGCCAAGGUGGGAGACUGCAUGGGAGACUCUGGUGACAAACCCUUGAGGCGCAAUAAUAGCUAUACUUCCUAUACCAUGGCAAUCUGUGGCAUGCCUCUGGAUUCAUUCCGUGCCAAAGAAGGCGAACAAAAAGGUGAAGAAAUGGAGAAGCUGACGUGGGCUAGUGCAGACACCAAGAAGCGAAUUCGCAUGGAUAGUUACACCAGUUACUGCAAUGCUGUGUCUGAUAUUCACUCUGCGUCUGAGGUGGACAUAAGUGUUAAGGGAGAAAUGGGUCUGGGCGACCGAAAAGGAAGUAAUGGCUCUUUAGAAGAAGAAUGGUAUGAUCAAGAUAAACCAGAAGUGUCUCUCCUCUUCCAAUUCCUGCAGAUCCUCACGGCCUGCUUCGGGUCAUUUGCCCAUGGUGGCAAUGAUGUCAGCGGCUUCAGUAUUGAACUGGCAUCUGCCCUCACUGUGGUAAUUGCAUCAAACAUUGGCCUUCCCAUCAGUACAACGCAUUGUAAAGUGGGCUCUGUCGUAUCCGUUGGCUGGCUCAGAUCUAAGAAGGCUGUUGACUGGCGACUCUUCCGCAACAUUUUUAUGGCCUGGUUUGUCACGGUCCCCAUUUCUGGAGUUAUCAGUGCUGCUAUCAUGGCAGUCUUCAAAUAUGUCGUCCUCAGAGUGUGAAGUUAUUUGGGAUUAAAAUGUGUGUCAGUGUUCGGGACCACCUUACACAUUCCUGCUCCCUUGAAGGAUGACUCCAGUGUUACAGUCUUUGACUGACUGGGAGCUGUGGGAGGGAAGUGUUACUUGUGCUAUAAUUGCUUUUGUGCUAAAUAUGACUUGUCUCAAAAUUAGCUAUGUAAAAUAGCCAGGUUUCCACUGGUUGCUAAUGAUGUCCCAUUUUCUUCUGGGCUGUGACUUCCUGUACAUAUUUCUCUACUUUUUCUAUCAGGCUUCAAUUCCAUUAUGUUUUAAUGUUUAAAAACAAACCACAAGUUAAUCUUCAGAGACAACAACCAUUCAGAGCCGUUUGCCAGUGUGUGCUCUGCUUCCUUGAUUUCACCAGCUUCUGCCCGAACAUGCACAGGGAUUGAACACACACAGUUAAACUGAAGCUCCCCUUGUAGUCUCUGCUAGAAAUAGUCAUUUGUACUCUGCCUCCCUGUCAGAGUAGUGGCAGGUUCUAUUGGCAUAACGCGGAAAACUUCUAGAAGAAUGAGGUUCUUUGAACACAGUGAAAACUGAAGUUAGUAGUAACCUCUUUGCAAGCAAUUUAUUGACUUACUGCUAAGAAGAAGUAGGAAGAAAAAGCCUUCUGGGAAUCUUGGUUAUUUCAGAUUUUUGGCAGCUGGGAUGGAUGAAUGAAGUGGAAUGUGAAUUUGGGCAGGUUAAAUGGGACAGCCUUCAUGUUCAUCUGUCUACCUCUUAACUGAAUAAAAAGCUUACAGUUUUUAGAAAACUUGUUCCCGUGGUUUUUGUUUGUGUGUUGCAUGUUGAAUUGUUUGGGUUCGUGAUCAGAGAGCUGUGUAUAUUCUCUGGAGAGGGGAAGAUCUGAGGGUAAGCGACUGCCCAGCUUCAGGCGGUCUAGUUCCUCACUCCUGUUAGGUUUCUUGUCGUUCCUGAAGUUUUCUCUGUACCUUUAAGCACACAGAUGACGUUACUCCAUGCAGGGCGUUACUCUUUACAGUUGGGCAUUUUUCCUUUUAUAGUUCAGCCUGGACAUUUUCAUGUUAGCACAUAUAAAUCUACUCAGUUUUUAAUACCACAGAGUUUUCCGUUUGACUACUUGUUAGCUGCUGUCGAGUGUUCUGGCCCAUAGUAACCCCGAGUGUGCAGAGUAGAACUGCUGCAUAGGAUUUUCAGGGUUGUGACCUUUCAGAAGCAGAUUUCCAGGCCUGUCUCCUGAGGCUGCUCACCAUCAGCCUUUCAGUAGUCCAUCCAGGAACUCUGUAAGACCCUUAUCUAGAUUGUCUCUAGCUUUCACUAUUACAAAGAAUGCUGAAAGGAGUGAGUGCGUCUGGCAGCUUCAUUCAGAAAUUCUGAGGGUUCUUCAAUCUUGGUUGACUCAACCUUUUUUUUUGGCCUGUGAUCAGAAUAGUUAAAUGAAAAUGCAUUUCCUCGCAAGCUGGGUUGAUGGUUCCCGUCCUGAGAGCUGCAGGACAAUGCUUUGGAGUUUUGUCAGGGAAUGAGCUGGUUUACAGUGUUUUAAACACACCAGCGUAAGAACAUGACAAGGGUAAGGCUGUGACCUGUGCCUGAGAAGGAUCAGCCUGCUUGUUGGAUCUGCACCGUGGGGUCCUGCUAGUUUAUGGACUUGCUGAGUACUCAGUAAAUUUUAUGUCAGGCACUGUAACAGCUUUUUUAAAGGCACUUUAAUCCUCACAACCUUUGCAGUAGGUCUUAGAAAUGUUGAAAUGAGCCUGGAGAACUGUAACUUUCCAAAUAUUCUAUGUUAUAUGGACAUUAGUUGUAGCUUUUGGGACUGGCUAAAAAUAGCCUAAGACUUUAUUUGAGGGAGGAAGGGGCUGUGGUAAAGGGAACCUAGCUUUAAGCCCUGUGCUGAAGCUUCAGGAGGAGACCCUCAGUUCUGGUACUGGUAUGUCAGCUCCUGCGGCAUGACCCCAUAGAGGCCUAGGUUCUGUCAGGGCCCUGUAAUUAAAUGCGGAAUGGUGAUCUCGUCAACACUCCACCUUGGUUCAGAAGAGGACAGCUGAGAAAAUAAUUAAACCAAGGAAAUGCUUGUCUAGGAAAAGGCAGCUAGACCUGGAGAAGAGAAAACCCAUAGAGCUAGAAAGACCAGAGGGAAGGCUGUUUCCAUGGAAAUGUGUUCCAGAUGAGGAUUCCUGGGCUCUGGGGCAAGGACACAAUGC